AUGCGUUUUGUGCUGCGUUCAACGGAACAUUGUGUCCACUUCUUAUUUUUUGCCCUUCUUUUUGAUGUCAUCGCCUGUCAACUGCAGCAAAAUCUGAAGCGCGUGUAUGUAUAUAAGCAUUUAAUGGAGAAAAUGCCGCGCGAUUUCGCUUGUGAGAAUGUUGAUAAAUUGGCCGAAGUGGAAGGUGAAAUGGUGCAUUGUGUGGUUAGGGGUAUUCGCCAAGCUGUUUUUGUUGUGGUCACGCAGGAAUUUCAAUGGUAUCCAAGCCGCGAAUUUGCUGUGGACACAGGAUCAGCCAAGAACAUUCGCUGCAUUCAGACGCCCACAGGCGCAAAACUCAAAUUACUCCAGUGUCGAAUGAACAACGGCCGAGCGAGCGUGACAAUUCUUCAAGACUACUACGCCAAAUUUAAUGCCACUUCGUCUCUAACGAGAGACAGAGUCGAAUGCUCUGUGGAAUACGAAGGAAAUAUUACUUAUUUCAGUACCCCAGUCUCUGUCAUAAAGGUAAAAAAACUGUUUUACGAACCCUUGUUCGACUCGGCAUACCUGAAAGGCGCUUCAAAAUUCCCAUUAGAGCUUUAUGCGCUGACUGAUCCAGAGGCAUGUAAAGCGGGGUCAAAGACAUUGGCUUCGUCUAUAAAUCCACUUCUAAAAGGUGUGCCGGGACGUUACAAUGUAACCUGUCGAAAUGGCGAAUUUUCUCAAGGUGUACUUGUUCUCAAUUCGACAAUAUUUGAAAUAUUCUAUCAAGAAAUGACCGUGCCCUUCGCUGUGAGGCUUAGCGAUUCAAGGCUGAAAAUGUCGGAUCUGGAGAGAUACGCCUGCUUUGCGGUGACCCUAAAUGAGAUGAAAAAAGUGGGUUUCAAUGAACAAAUUGACUCCUCUGAUAAAAAUACCGCCAUCCAUUGUGCUGCGUUUGUCGGUCCUAUCGCGGUCGAGGCAACUCUCUACCACUUUCUAUCCUUUUCUACGGCAAUUAAAAUACAACUGCUGAAUAAUCGUCAGUACUACCUCCUCGGAGAGCACAUAGAUGACAUCGAGGUGCAAGCCUCAAUCGGUCUAAUCGACAUCCCUUCCCAUAACAUUCAUUGCAAGGGAAAGAUUCCAUUUCAAAGCCCUUUUCUUAGGGUGAGUAGUUACCAAAAUGAAGGAACAGUCGAGGUAUCUUGCUUUGCUGAAUAUAAAGAACAGAAGGGUGCAGAAAAACACUUCCGACUCCAUUUCCUUGUCCAAGCAAAUUUCCGCCUCUACACUGGCAAGUUAAGCAAUAUGUACAUCGUAAGGGCGUCCUAUUUACGAAAACCUGGUCCAAAGUGGAUAGACGCCGAUCCAGUUCAACUAGCCUCACAAGUUUGCAACGUCUAUUGCAUUAGCAUUCACAAGGACGGACCAAGUUUCAACUCCACCAUCGCGAUGGAGGAAAUUUCAAGGGAUUUUGAGGCAUUCGAUUGCUACUGCAACCGUACCUACAAACUGACACGCAUUAGGCGGACAGUCAAGUUCUCCUUUCUUCUAAAACGAGGUCUUAUACUGCUUGGUCGGGAGACCUUGUAUGAAGAUAUUUGCGCAAUAGAUAGCCAAAGUGAAAUUGGCCUUCUGCCAGGCGACAUCUAUCAAAAAGCCACGCCGCUAGUGAAAUAUCGCCUGCUGCAGGGAGGAUGUCCCGAUUUGAAAUGUGAAUGUAUCACCAAAGGUCUAGAGCAGUUUUUUAUGGUCUACUGGAACAAGCAGACAGGCGCAGUCGAAAUCUUUGGUACGGCGCUUUAUGAACGCACACUGGCCUACCUCGAGUGCUACGAUAUUCAAGUAAAAGUGAUAAAUUUCGGUGAGAAUGAAACCUUCCAAUGGAAAUUUUUGUAUUUAAACUUAAUGCUUUAA